CCAGGGACGCCCGGUGCCCGCCGCUGCGCUGCCGCGGGGUGACAGCCAUCCUUCUGUUCCAGCCGUUUCCCACUUUCCUCACUCCGUAAUCCGGAUGGGAAGUUGGGGAAGAUGGACAGGGUCUUGCUGAGGUGGAUUGCUCUUUUCUGGCUAACAGCCAUGGCCAAAGGCCUUCAGGUCACAGUGCCCGACAAGAAGAAGGUGGCCAUGCUGUUCCAGCCCACUGUGCUUCGCUGCCACUUCUCUACAUCCUCUCAUCGGCCUGCAGUUGUGCAGUGGAAGUUCAAGUCCUACUGCCAGGAUCGCAUGGGAGAAUCCUUGGGCAUGUCCUCUACCCGGGCCCAGUCUCUCAGCAAGAGAAACCUGGAGUGGGACCCCUACCUGGAUUGUUUAGACAGCAGGAGGACUGUUCGAGUGGUAGCUUCAAAGCAGGGCUCGGCCAUCACCCUGGGAGAUUUCUACAGGGGCAGAGAGAUCACGAUUGUUCAUGAUGCAGAUCUUCAAAUUGGAAAGCUCAUGUGGGGAGACAGCGGACUCUAUUACUGUAUCAUCACCACCCCGGAUGACCUGGAGGGCAAAAAUGAGGACUCAGUGGAACUGCUGGUGUUGGGCAGGACAGGGCUGCUUGCUGAUCUCUUGCCCAGUUUUGCUGUGGAGAUUAUGCCAGAGUGGGUGUUUGUUGGCCUGGUGCUCCUGGGCAUCUUCCUCUUCUUCGUCCUGGUGGGGAUCUGCUGGUGCCAGUGCUGCCCUCACAGCUGCUGCUGCUAUGUCCGCUGCCCAUGCUGCCCAGAUUCCUGCUGCUGCCCUCAAGCCUUGUAUGAAGCAGGGAAAGCAGCAAAGGCCGGGUACCCUCCCUCUGUCUCCGGUGUCCCUGGCCCUUACUCGAUCCCCUCUGUCCCUUUGGGAGGAGCCCCCUCAUCUGGCAUGCUGAUGGACAAGCCGCAUCCACCUCCCUUGGCACCAAGUGACUCCACUGGAGGAAGCCACAGUGUUCGCAAAGGUUACCGGAUCCAGGCUGACAAAGAGAGAGACUCCAUGAAGGUCCUGUACUAUGUUGAGAAGGAGCUGGCUCAGUUUGAUCCAGCCAGAAGGAUGAGAGGCAGAUAUAACAACACCAUCUCAGAACUCAGCUCCCUACAUGACGAGGACAGCAAUUUCCGCCAGUCUUUCCAUCAGAUGAGAAGCAAGCAGUUCCCGGUGUCUGGGGACUUGGAGAGCAAUCCUGACUACUGGUCAGGUGUCAUGGGAGGCAGCAGUGGGGCAAGCCGCGGGCCCUCAGCCAUGGAAUAUAACAAAGAGGAUCGGGAGAGCUUCAGGCACAGCCAGCCGCGCUCCAAGUCUGAGAUGCUGUCGCGGAAGAACUUCGCCACGGGGGUGCCGGCGGUCUCCAUGGAUGAGCUGGCGGCCUUCGCUGAUUCCUAUGGCCAGCGGCCCCGCCACGGCGACGGCAACAGCCACGAGGCGCGGGGCGGAAGCCGCUUCGAGCGCUCGGAGUCGCGGGCGCACGGCGGCUUCUACCAGGACGACUCCCUGGAGGAGUACUACGGCCAGCGCAGCCGCAGCCGCGAGCCCCUGACCGACGCCGACCGCGGCUGGGCCUUCAGCCCCGCGCGCCGCAGACCGGCCGAGGACGCGCACCUGCCGCGGCUGGUGAGCCGCACGCCGGGCACCGCGCCCAAGUACGACCACUCGUACCUGGGCGGCACGCGGGAGCGCCAGCCGCGGCCCGAGGGCGCCAGCCGCGGCGGGAGCCUGGAGACGCCGUCCAAGCGGAGCGCGCAGCUCGGGCCGCGCAGCGCCUCCUACUACGCGUGGUCGCCGCCCGGCACCUACAAGGCGAGCUCGUCCCAGGACGACCAGGAGGACGCGUCCGACGACGCGCUGCCGCCCUACAGCGAGCUGGAGCUGACCCGCGGCCCUUCCUACCGUGGCCGCGACCUGCCCUACCACAGCAACUCGGAGAAGAGGAGGAAAAAGGAGCCCGCCAAGAAAACCAAUGACUUUCCAACCAGGAUGUCCCUUGUGGUCUGAUGUUGUCAGCAUUUCUCUGGAUGACUAGAAAUCAGACAUGGACUACAGGGACAAGACACAAAUCCAAGAGCCAGCAGGCCCAGGACCUUCUCUGGCCAUCACCUUGGAAGAUUUGCUCAUCUCUGCUUUGGCAAGGGAUGGGAGGCAGCCUUUAAGAGAGGCUGAUUUCAAACCUCUGUGCCCAUCUAACUAGUUUGAGAAACUUAGAAAGAAAGCAAGAAUGUGUGAGAACAUUCCUACCUUCAGAGUUUCUCAACUAUAGCGUUUAUUCUGCCCAGCCUCCUCCCUUAGCAGAACCAGGACUCUAUUUCCAAUUCUGAAAGAGACUUAGCUCUGGACUGCUAAUCUCCAGAAAUUGUCUAUGCCUACAGUAUGCUUUUCUACACCUCCUGUGCUAUACUUAGAAGACUUUAUUACGACUAGUAGAAGGCGGCCUUCUGCUGACAAGGGAAGAUAGCUUCAAGUCAAAAUAUACCUUUUAUCCACAUCACUUUGCAGUCACUAGUCAAUGACUGUUGUUACACUAAAAUCAAAAGGCCUUUGGUGAGCUCAGUGACAGUGACCUCUGGGACAAUCACAGAAAUGACUUCAAUUUGUUGUUCUGAAUGACAAUUCUUGAGUGGCUAGGACAAAGCAAAAGCGAGUAUACCUUUUUGAAAAGCUGUCUAAGUGGUAUUUCCUUUUCCAUUCUGAGAACGUAAACUGCUUUUUUCUUUUCUGUUGCCCAUGUCAGUAUCUGAGUCUUAGACAUAAAGGGCUCUUCUCUCUCGAGACCCUGUCCUGGACUUUCCUCAGGUUGGUACCACACACAUAGCCCUGCCUCCCUCUGCACUCUGGUUAGAUUGUCAUUGGGUGCCUUGGAUAAAUGCUUAAAAUACACACAUAAAGGAGAAGAGGGGAAAAAAGGAAAGCAGUAAUGCGUGUAUAAAAGUAUGAGAAGGAAUCUCAGAGGGAAAUAACAUCGUCUCAUUAUACAUUGAAUGUGGACCAUUUCCCCCACAAACUUCACUUAGUCUUUUCUGGUUUUGUGCUUCACUUACCAUUAAUUGUUCCUGCCAUCCCAGUUCUGCCACUCUAGGACAUGGGGGUUGUGGAACAUACAGCUUUUGGCCUGACUAGACUGCCACUAUGGAUGCUUUCAAGAAAUAAGAGAUACUGCUUUCUCAGGAAGGAGUACUUCCUAUUUCCACCCUUGCCUAAAUGAUAGAUUUUGCCUAAGUCCCAAAGGUAGAUCUCUGGAGUUUAUAGUUGUGUAGAUUGCAAAAAUGGCCGCAAACACUUCCCUUCUUAUCAAGAGGUGCCAUCUUUUCCCUCACCCCUUGAAUCUGGAGUUGGCUGUGUGAUUUGAUUUAGCCAGUAGCCUGACAAAUGACACAAGCAGAGACUUGAAAAGUUCUUGUGCAUGGGGCUUGUCCUCUUUUGCUGCUCUUGGGAACCUUGCAACUACCACCAGGUGAACAAGCCUGGACUAUCCUGCUGCAUGACAAAAGAAAAGGGCCCAGUUACCUGUGUCUUCCUGUCUGACAGCCCAUCAACUUUAAGCUGAUUGCAGACAUAUGAGUGAGUCAAGCUAAUACCAAUAGAAGAACUGCCUGGCUGAAUGUAGCCCAAAUUUCUGAUUCCUACCCGAGGCAUGAGUUGAUGCAUUCUUUAUGUUCUCUUCAAGAACAAACCUGACGCUUUCUUGUCUGAAUCUUCAUCCUUGAAUCCCUUACUCCAUCCAAACUUGUGUUUCUCAUAGCCACUGCUUUUGUUGACAGAUUUUCAUCAAAGUUUUUCACCUGAACCUUUGUCGGGUACAUGUUUGGGUCAAAUCAGUGGAGGAUAAUGCUUGACCUUACUGUUCCUUAACCCAGCAGUGGGUUAUUCCCUGUCAGUGGAUCCAUGGACAACCUCUGAAGAAGGUCUCUUUUUUUUUUUUUUUACCAUCUUUUUUGUCUUCUCCAGAACCACUGGAGCUAGGCCCUGUUCUCAGAGUAUCAUUCCUCUAGUAUCCAUGUGUACUUCAUGACAUUUCCAAAAAAAAAGUCCUGUGUUUGCAAUGAAAUAAAGAAGUGGCUGGGUGAGGGUCGGGGCAAUGAGCUGGUAGGUGUCAUUGCUUGGAGAAUUAACCUACCAAAGGACUUUCCUGUUGCUUUGACAAGUCUUGGAGGUAUCGGGAAAACAGUUGA